UUAGGAGGGAACAUGUUCUGGACUAUAAUUUUUCUUCUUGGUGGUAUUGCAUUUGUGAUUAUUUUCUCUUCACGCUCAAGGCAGAAAAAUGAGCCACCAUUGGAUAAAGGCUUCAUUCCAUGGCUCGGUCAUGCCUUGGAGUUUGGAAACGAUGUUGCAAAGUUCCUAAGCCGGAUGAAACAGAAACAUGGUGACAUUUUUACGGUGCGCGUUUGUGGUCAUUACAUUACUGUACUGCUGGACCCUAACUCCUACGAUGAGGUCUUGAAUGACACAGUCUCUCUGGACUUAAAUAACUACACCCGGGUCCUGAUGCAGAGGAUGUUCAGCCUGUGUUUACCCAAUCACAGUCCAGACGCAGAGAGGGCGUGGAUGAAACAACACUUCCAGGGUCCCAGCUUAGCCAAACUGAGCAGCACCAUGCACUCCCACCUCCAUACCCUUCUAAGGGAUGAGGAGAGGAGUUGUUCCCCAGUGGAAUGGAAGGAGGAUGGGCUUUUCAGCUUCUGUUACAGCAUGCUCUUCAGGGCUGGAUACCUCACACUGUUUGGUACAGAGAAAAGUCACAGCCUCACUGAUCUCACUGCUGUCUACAGAGAGUUCCGCAGGUUUGACGGUCUUCUCACAAAACUGGCACAUUCAACUCUUAAGAACGAGGAGAAGAAGAUAGCAAGCCAAUCCCAGAAGCAACUAUGGGAGAUGUUGUCCCCGCCCUGGCUGAGCGACAGAGGGGGUUCAACAAGUAACUCCUGGCAGCAGAGUUACCGCAGCCGUUUGCAGAAUGAAGGAGUGGACCUGGAGAUGCAGAAACGAGCCAUGGUGCUUCAGUUAUGGGUCACCCAGGGUAAUGCUGGACCGGCUGCUUUCUGGCUGCUGGGCUUCCUGCUCACACACCCCGAGGCCAUGCGGGCAGUGAAGGAGGAGAUCAAAGGUUUGACUCAGCUGGAGGGUGGCUUGCUACAGCACCACCUGCUGGACACUGUGGAUCAACACAGCACACCUGUGUUUGACAGUGUUCUGACAGAGACUCUGCGUUUGACUGCUGCUGCGUUCAUCACCAGAGAGGUGGUCCAGGACAAGAUUCUUCCUCUGGCCAGUGGGCAGCAGUACCGCAUCAGAAAGGGGGACAGAGUCUGUCUGUUCCCUUUCGUCAGUCCACAGAUGGACCCCGAAAUCCACGACGAACCAGAGCAGUUUCGUUAUGACCGCUUCCUGAAUGCUGACGGGACUGAGAAGAAGUCUUUCUAUAAGGGAGGGGUGAGACUAAAGUACUACAACAUGCCAUGGGGGGCAGGCAGAAAAGCAUGUGUGGGAAGGCACUUCGCAGUCAGUGGCAUCAAACAGUUUGUGUUCAUUGUCCUCUCCCGGCUGGAGUUGGAGCUUUGCGACCCCACCGCCACAUUACCGCCGGUCAACCCCAGUCGCUAUGGUUUCGGCAUGCUCCAGCCUAGCGGAGACCUGGGAGUCCGCUACAGACUCAAGACUGUACGUUAGGGCAUGACCCAUAACCUCUGACCCUGCACAUCAUUCCGGACUGCUGCACAAGAGCUAGAAGAUAUUCUGGUCAUACUUUAUUGCCCUGAUUGACUUGACCAUGACCACAAUACAACUUAUUCUGUUUCAUGCUUUAAUUUAUAUUGUUGUAAAUAUUGUUUUUACAUUCGGAUUUCCUUUGUAUUUCUCGGGAAAAUGUAUUAUUAUCUGAAUAAAUAUCUGAAUAACUUGC